AUGCGCCGAACGGUGCCAGAGGGUCUAAGCCAAUUUCACAGGGUAGACUUGGAAGGGCUCAACACUUCAUGCUAUGAUUCUGUCCAAGUGUAUGAUGGAGAAACACAAAACUCCUCACCUCUCACUCAGCUGUGUGGAGCCAUGAGUCAGUCAGAAGUCUCCAACGUUAGAAUAAGAUCUACAGGAAACAAGCUUACUGUUGUCUUCCAGUCUGACUACGAAGGAACUAGACAAGGAUUUAUUGCAACUUACUCGGCAAUAGUGUGCCCUGCAUUUACCUACGGCAAAGAUACUUGCGAUCAAGACUGCAACUGUGUCAAAAAUAACUCAGUUGGCUGCGACUCUGAGACAGGGGCGUGUGUCUGCAAAGAUGGUUGGGGUUCAGCUACAUGCAACAAAGGUGUUACACCUUGGAGGGUGCCACCUGGUGAGGCCGGCAGACUUUUCACCAAAUUUCAAAUCACUUUUAACAGCUUCUGUAACCACUCGUAUGUAUUUUUCUGUAUAGAAUGUAACACCACAAUAAAUGACAGCUCCGGUUUUAUUGCUAGUCCUGGGUAUCCACAACAAUAUGAUAAUAAUGUCUACUGUGAGUGGCAUAUAACCACCAAUGUCAGCAACAGAAUCUUUAUAAGUUUUACAGACAUGAGCCUUGUGGCACACACAGCAUGCGCCUGGGAUUAUGUGGACAUUAUCGAAGAGAGUCCGUUAGAAUGCAAGAGCCUGGGACGUUUCUGUGGCAACGCCUUGCCGACAAAUCAUAUGACUAGUUCCAACAGCUUACUCGUUGUUUUCAAAACUGAUGGCUCCAUCACAUCGAAGGGUUUUUUGGCCAAGUUUAGCACAUUUAGAAAGACAUCUGUUAACCCAUCUUCCUGCAAACCAACAAUACUAACUGGGAUCUCUGGUAACUUUUCAAGCCCCAACUAUCCCAACAAUUAUACUCACAACAUUUCGGUUUGCUGGAUCAUAUAUGGAACUCGCAUUUCAUUAAGAUUUCAAGACUUUGACUUAGAAAGUUCAACCAACUGUGCAUCAGAUUCAGUUGAAAUAUUUGAUGGUCCUACUGCACAGACUCAGUCCAUUGGAACAUAUUGUGGCACGGGACUCCCGUCAGUAAGAACUUCAAAGAGCGGACAACUCUACAUCGUCUUUAAAUCUAACAGUUUUGUUGAGGGUAGAGGCUUCCAAGCAUAUUUUCAGAAAAAUGCCUCGUGUGGUGGACAACUAACUGAUUCAAGCGGAACAAUAACAAGUCUGGGCUACCCUAAUGGAUAUAGCGAAGACUUGACCUGUGCCUGGAGCUUAGAGGGAACGACCAAUGGAAACAUAACAUUAAGAUUGACGGAUCUGUCUCUUGAGAUCACGGACAACUGUUUGUAUGACUUCCUGGACGUCUACGAUGGUACCUGCAUCUGUUCACCCAGAAUCCUCCACCUGUGUAACAACACAUCCAAUGUAACAGUAACAACACAAGGCAACAUGUACAUACUGUUUAAGUCUGACGAGUCUGUCGCCAGUAGAGGAUUCUCAGCUACUUAUGAAAUAACUGAAACAACAAAUGACUGUCCAGAAUGGACUUAUGGUUUAGGCUGCUCUCUCUGUUCCUGUAUACGAGACGCGUCUGCUUCUUGCGACGCCCAAACUGGUCAGUGCACGUGUCUUAGUGGCUGGACCGGAAGUGACUGCUCCCAGAGAGUUGAUUCCUGCCUGCCCAAUCCAUGUCCUUUCAACACGACCUGCAUAACAAAGGGUGACAACUACACGUGUAUAUCAGAUGUCAACACGGACUGUAAUGUGACCAUCACUGCUUCCAAUAGUACUAUUGCAAGUCGUGAUUAUCCAAGAGGCCAUCUUUAUGAUAAGUGGACAUCUUGCACAUGGACAAUCAAUGGCCCGGCCAAUACAAUCAUUUCUAUUGACUUUCUGGACUUUAAUCUCACUACCAAUUACCGAUGUCACUAUGAAUCUCUUCAAGUGUUUGACGUAGCACCAACCUCUACACGUCUUCUAGGCCAGUACUGUGAUACCAAAGUGCCUAGCUUUUUAUUGUCUAAUUCUAACUCUAUCAAAGUGACAUUCACAACUUCCAGCUCUUUCGUUAGCAAAGGUUUCCUUGCUUCGAUCACAGCGACAACUUGUUCCAAUUUUACUUAUGGUACCGGAUGUUCCCAAACUUGCAACUGUAACCAGUCCAACACUGACGACUGUGACAGAACUAGUGGCGUCUGUUUCUGUAAGUCUGGAUGGACAGGCUCAAGAUGUGCCGACGAUAUAAACGAGUGUGUGGCUAAAAACACAGUGUCCAUUUGUCCACCUAACUCUGAAUGCGUGAACACAGCAGGCAGUUACACCUGUCCAUGUCGACCUGGUUAUACUCGCAAUACUUUAGGUCAAUGUCAAGUUCUAAACAACUGUGUAAGAAACUCGGCCCUGUGUUCCCACUCAUGUUACGUUAACAGUGCAGGAAAAGAGGAAUGUGUUUGUCCAGACAAUUUGGUCCUUGGAGUAGAUAGGUUCAAAUGUAUCGUACCAUUCUAUUGCCAUGGUCCAUCCUGUUCAGACAUUUUGAUCAAUCCUGCAAUGAAAACUUCCAACGGAAUGUACUUCAGUAAAGUCACAUUUAGUGAUUUCACUCCGUUUGGGAACACUUUAUACAAAGAAGCUUUUGUUUUGAGUAAUGGAGUUAUUAGUUUCUCAACAUCCGCUCUGUCCAGAGAACCAGAUUUCAGUCUCGCUCUCUCCCACAACAACUACAUCAUUGCUCCUUUCUGGUCAAAAAUGGACGCCACUAAAGGAUCUGUGUACUACAAUCUCUAUGAAAAAUGUGAGGAGGUUACCUCUAAGAACACAAGGUGCAGCUGUUUGUCCACCUCUAAGGCUGUGGUCAUGGAGAGAGCCGCUAAUGACAUCAAAUCCUUUUACAACGUGACAGAUUUUGAUGUGAAUAGAGUUCUAGUGACGACUUGGUUGGAUGUACAGCCUGAAUCUGUAACGUCAAGUUCUAACAAAGAAACGACCAGUUUUCAGUUAGUAUACAUCAGUGGAUACACUGACCAAUUCAAUGACGAAGAGUCUGCGUUUGUGCUAUUUAUUUACCAACAAGAUAAGAUGAAAUGGCAACCGAAAGAAGGACGGGUUAUCAAAGCUGGUUUUGUAAGACCUGUCUCUGGCAUCACUGACAUUGCUAGUUCUACUGAUCAGAUCUACAAUCUUGAUGACAUCAAUGGAACAGGAACUGGCUUGGUUGGAGCGUGGACUUACGAGGUCUCCAGGUCUACAAGUUCCACUCAGAAAUGUCAGAGGUACUUGUGCAGUCAUCAAGAACUAUUGACGAACCUGAACUACAAAUCAGAUAUCGACCAGCUCUACAGGUGUCCAUGUACUGUCCAUCUGCUGGACAGAAGGUGGUUACUUUACGAGAGUCGUGGUAACGUCACGUGCUACGCCCUGACGUCUAUCGUUAAAUCGAGGCUCUUACAGGGCAACAGAAGAAACAGACUAUGCUGCUACCAGUGGAAUUAUAUUCAAAGCUUCAUAAAUAAAGACAAGGAAGAUGAGGCCCAAAGAAGGGCAUCAAAUAUUCAUAACUCUCCAGAGGCUGGGCACAUACUCAUAAGUGACCCGUGGUCAUCGUUUACUUUCAGCUCCAAGGCCGUACAAUACAAUGUCCAGGCUAACAAGUGGUGCUGUAAAGAAAGUCUUAGUUCUGUAUUGUGUGAACGAUUUAAUGCUGUCUUCCCGGACAUGGAGUGCACUAAUGAUAUUCCUUACAUACCUUCACACAUUCUGGGAGACCCUCAUUUCAUCACUCUGGACGACUUGAACUACACGAUGAACGGCUGGGGAGAGUACACGCUCAUGGACAUCCCCAGCAGAAGGUUUCUUCUCCAGGGUAGAACUGAAAAAGCCGAGACUACCAAUGGCAUGAAGAUCAAUGCCACGAUCUUUUCUGCCUUCGCUGCCAAGGAGGGAGACAAUCCAGCUUUCCAAGUCAAGUUAUCUCUAAGCAAAUCAUCGAUGAUAAUAAAGGCCAACGAUAGAGAUAUUACAGACGACUUUUAUAGACUGUCUAACUACACUUUGGUCACAGAUAUACUUGGAAUACGUCGUGAGGAUAUUUCGAAUAGAACCAAUCUCAUUGCUUCAUUCCCUGCAGGAGUAACCCUCAUAGUUCAAGUUGGCAUCAGAGCUCUUGAAAUAGACUUAGAAGUGGACGAAUCUCUCAGGACUUUAACAAAAGGUCUCUUUGGCAACUUCAAUGGAAUACCUGAGGAUGACUUUGAGCUACCAAACGGAACAGUGCUACCAUGUCAUAUAAGUGAAAAAGUGAUUUUGGAACAGUUUGCGUCUUGGUAUAAAGUAACUGCAGACAACUCAGUGUUCUCUUACGAUACUGGUCAAAGUACAGACGACUAUCAACAUCCGGAGUUUGUUCCUGUCUUUAUUGAGAGUUUAAGCCAAGCUCAAGUCAACGAGUCUGUAGCAUUGUGUGGGGCAGACAACAAAGAGUGUAUUUAUGACUUUGCUGUCUCUGGAGACGCUUCCAUUGCCUUGGCAACCAAAGCUAGAAGAGAGGCAAUACUCACACGAAAACUAAGUUUAUCGAACUCACCGCCGAUUUUGGAAUUUUUAAGCCAGAUAGAGCUAACGAAUAACAGAUGGGUAGUUCAAGAGAAUACAUCAAAUAUUUUACAUUUAACAACUGCGGAUGUGGACAUGGAUUAUGUCACAAUAAUAAAUCUUUCUACCAGCAAAGCUGUAACCUUACUUCCAAAUGAAAGUGUUCAAUUCGUACCAAUCAAGAAUGACCCAGUGAGGCUCAGCUUUCAGGCAAGAGAUUCCAGGGGAGCCUUCUCUGCUGUGCUUAACAUACCUGUUACAGUUUGCCCGUCGUGUACUGGGCGUGGCGUGUGUGAUUUGAACUCCAGCACUUUUGUUGAACAUUUAGACGGCAUGUUUCGGGUACAGAGUUGCAUUUGCCAGCCAGCGUACACAGGUCUCUACUGUGAGUCAGAAUUAAACGGCUGUACAUCUCAGCCAUGUUCCAGUGGGCAGAACUGCACUGAUCUAACAGUUACACAGCAAGGAGAUGCAACAGAGGGCUACAUUUGUGGGCCAUGCCCGACUGGCUUCAACAACGUAAACAAACUGUGCAUAGACAUCAAUGAAUGUUCAAAUACAAGCCUAUGUGAUCAUAUUUGCAUCAACACUGAAGGUUCCUACAAAUGCCAAUGUAACGAAGGCUAUACCCUUAGUUCAAGUGACUUCAGGACAUGCUCAAAUCAACAGUGUAACAGUACAUUGACGGCUAAAAGAGGAACAAUUAUGUCCCCUUACUAUCCAUUGAAUUAUUCUCACAACAGUUACUGCGCUUGGACUAUUUUAAGUAACGAACUAGGAGCAGUAAUUAAUAUCAACAUUACUGAGUAUGAAGUUGAGGGUUGCCCAUUCGACUUUUUGAACAUAUAUGAUGGAAAUAACUCCAGCGCAAGUCCUUUUGGUCCAUUCUGUACAGCAGCACCAGGUUCAAUAACAUCAUCUGGAGGUGCCAUGCAUCUUGAGUUUCUUUCUGAUGGAUCGGUGACAAGAAAGGGAUUCAGAGGAACAUAUACUAUUCAGAGUAAAUGUCUGCUCAAGAGCUGCUCUCACUCUUGUGAAGUUAUCUCCGUCAUUCCCAGAGUUGAACAAUGUGUCUGCCCAGAGUGGUCAAGACUGGACCCCAACAACAGCAGCAGAUGUCUGGAAAUUAAUGCUUGUAACGCUACGGUUACUGCCACUUCUGGAUACAUUGUGAGCCCUGGAUACCCGAAUUUCUAUUCAUUAGACUUCAGCUGUUAUUGGAUUAUAAAUUCGGCAUCAGGUGGUCCAGUUACUUUUAGUAUAACUGACAUGAAUACAGAGUCCAGCACAGGAUGCAUCUAUGACUACGUCAGAGUCUUGGAUGGUAACACUAGUGGCUCCAGAGCUAUUGGACAGUACUGCGGUAACAGCUCACCUAUUGCUCUUAGGUCAAGUGGUCAGUCUUUAUAUGUACAGUUCAGAUCUGAUAUCUCAAUAACUGGCAGAGGUUUCAAAGCCCAGUUUACCACAUAAUAUGUUAUCUCAAACAAUCGCCGAAAUUUAGCAUAAAGCUAAAACCUGUAGAAGAUUUAUAGAUGAUAAACAAAAUGUAUUCUAUUAACCUAACAUAAUCCAUUAUACCUUUCAACUUUGUGUACAUUUUAUUUGCAUAUGUUAAUAUGCAAUGUUAAUAUACAAGUUGUAUCCUUCAGCUGUGAGCGUGUCACUUUGAAUUCACAAAACCCUCUACGUCAACAUUAACCUUCAGUUUGUCUGUUUUCACCCAUUUUAAAAUUUUAAAGUCAUAGCAGUGACCGAACCGUGUAUCAGUUCUCUCUAUUUCUUGCAUGUUCUUUUGCACUUUACAGAUAUCGUCCUAUAUGCAAAGCCAGCUAGUGCGCUUUGCAGUGUUCUUCCAAAUAUUUCUUUAGUCUCACUCUCUUCCUUCUAAGCCUAUACAAUAUACAAGUUGUGUCAAUAGUCAGAAGGUUAUCUUGAAGUUAUAAUAAAACCUGACCCUCCACUCUUCAUGGUCCCAUUACCCACCCCCUUUAAACAUAGACUUUGCGAACCUUUUCUCUACCCGAAAAUAUUUGGAACUCUUCCCCCCCCCCACUGGAGCUAAGAUAAAGCUUUACUAUAUUCAAGAGAAACAACAAAACAUAUGUUUAUGACUUAUUUAGAUUACUUUGCCUUUUUAACACUUCUUUGUUGUUGUAUAAUAGAAACAAACAAUUUUGUUCUCUGGCAUUUACAGCAUGAUGUGGUGGAAUACUAAACAAUCUGUCUAAACAAUAUGAUUUCUAAUAAAUAUUUUUUUCCACUCUAUCCCUGAGAUGACGACCGCCACAUCUAAAAAUAAUUAAACAUAUAUUUUAUUUUUUUGAUGGUAUUCAAUAAUUAUAAAAAUCUUUGACCUAUAAUAAAUAUUCAAACUUAAAGAAAAUGUAAUAUUGUCUUUUUUAUGUGUAAUCUAAUGUAUAGAGCAAAUAGUAAGAAGUAUGUGUGUAGGUAUGUUCCAAAUAAAAAUCAAAACUGUU